AUGUCGAGAAGUCCGACCAAGUUUGCAAAGUCUGAUUACCAGGGACGAUCAGACGGCCCCAAGAAAGGGUUUUACACAAUGGACGACAUUCGUGGGAUGCCUGAAAAGUCAAAUUCACCAAUGAAAUACUCUCCAAAGACAUCCCCCGCUCCACGCGACCAACAGCGUCCAAAGAAAGUGUGCCGUAUCCCCGAGAGAGAAGACAACCGAACAUACCGUACCGAGUUCAUCACAGCGACACCAAAAGAGGAAGAAAUUUUCCGGAUGUACAAAGCGAAGAAAGCUGUUGCCAAUGAUAGUUUUGUUAGGGAUUAUUUGAAUGUCAUCAACGACACCCCUGCGUCAACCACAAAGCAGUAUAUCUUCGAGUUUAAAAACUCACUUGAAUUCCAGAAAAAGAAAGCCGCCAUCGAGGCUUGA